AAUUUGUCCAGUCGGUAGGAAGAAGAAAUGAAAAAAGAUAAUUCGAAAGAAAGAAAAAAUAUUCUCCUUCAAAUUGAAAAAGAAAAAUGAAAAAGAUAUUCGAUCAUAAACCGUCAGGAUGUUCCCACGUGGCAAUCUAGAAAGAACGAAGAAAGAGGGAGGCAGAGUGCCCUCAUCGUAGAGAGUAAAAGGACGUAGUAAUCAAUCCAUAACCUGAGGAAAUCGUGAUUCGCCCUCGCUUGACUUUCCAAUUGCUCGCCGUCUUCUUAGUCAACCGAGUUGUAAAAGGAAAGAAACCAGCCGCCACCACCACCACCACCACCAUUACCUAAAGCGUUAAAAAUGGCGGAGCAAGCUGUUAAGCUUCGGUGCCAACGAAUCGGCUGCAAUGCUACCUUCACCGAAGACGAUAAUCCCGAGGGUUCCUGCACUUUCCACGCUUCCCCUAUUUUUCAUGAUGGAAUGAAAGAGUGGAGUUGUUGCAAAAAAAGAAGCCACGACUUUUCUUUAUUCCUAGAAAUUCCUGGGUGUAAGACAGGUAAGCACACAACCGAGAAGCCAGUGUUGAAUAAGCCAGUAGCUACUAAGACGAUUCCAACUUCUAGUCCUGCUGUUACUCUUUCCACCAGUGCAACAUCAAAAGAAUCCUGCCCUAGAUGCUCUCAGGGUUUCUUUUGCUCCGAUCAUGGUUCACAGCCCAAAGUACCAAACCCUACCCCAGCUGUACUGGCUAAGAGCAGUGCGGAUGUUAAGGAGUCUUCUCCUCCACCAAAGAAGAUAGUUGACAUAAACCAGCCUCAGACUUGCAAAAAUAAAGGAUGUGGUAAAGUUUUCAAAGAAAUAGAGAACCAUGAGUCUGCAUGUAGUUACCAUCCCGGACCUGCUGUUUUCCACGAUCGAGUGAGAGGGUGGAAGUGCUGUGACAUUUAUGUGAAGGAAUUUGAUGAGUUCAUGACCAUUCCACCAUGCAAGAAGGGAUGGCACGAUGCCGAUCCAGUGCCCUAAGUCAUAAGCAUGAGGAGGAAUAAGUUCCUGUCUUCUGAAAGAGGUUUCCUUUAUCUUCUUUCUUUUUCCCCUAUUUUUGAACGGACUCUAGGUUAUUCAAUUACUUACCGCAAGUGUAAUCUAGGAUAUGCAAUUAUGAAUGUGUUGGAAAUGUUCUUUUUGCACUAUCUUGCAACCAAAACAUUUGAGACUGUUUAUUUGUUAUUUGUUUGAUAUGAACAUGCUAUGGAUUCAAAAUGUGAUAUCGGAGUGGUUGAUGUCUACAACCCCGAAAUUCAAAGAAA